GCCGGAAGUGAAGCGCCUCCUUCCGGUGGGGACGCGUGAGGGAGAGGGCAGCGCGAUGCCGACGGGGGACUACGACUCCAAGCCCAGCUGGGCGGAUCAGGUGGAGGAGGAGGGAGGAGAAGACGACAAAUGCAUCACCAGUGAGCUGCUGAAGGACAUUCCCCUCCCGGGGGUCCUGGGGGGCAGCCUGAGUGCUGAGGCUGAGCUGCUCAAAGGGGGCCCACUGCCCUCCCCAAAGGAGCUGAUCAAUGGGAACAUCAAAACCAUCACUGAGUACCGUGAGGAGGAGGACGGCCGGAAGGUGAAGAUCAUCCGCACCUUCCGCAUCGAAACCAGGAAGGCCUCCAAAGCGGUGGCGCGGCGUAAGAACUGGAAGAAAUUUGGCAACUCGGAGUUCGACGCUCCCGGCCCCAACGUUGCCACCACCACAGUCAGCGACGACGUCUUCAUGACCUUCAUCACCAGCAAAGAGGACCUGAACUGCCAGGAGGAGGAGGACCCCAUGAACAAACUGAAGGGCCAGAAGAUCGUCUCGUGCCGGAUCUGUAAGGGCGACCAUUGGACCACGCGCUGCCCCUACAAGGACACGCUGGGGCCCAUGCAGAAGGAGCUGGCCGAGCAGCUGGGGCUGUCCACGGGGGAGAAGGAGAAACUGCCAGGGGAACCGGAGCCGGUCCAGGCACAGCAGAGCAAGACGGGCAAAUACGUCCCGCCCAGCCUGCGGGAUGGGGGCAGCCGCCGGGGGGAGUCCAUGCAGCCCAACCGGCGCGCGGACGACAACGCCACCAUCCGUGUGACGAACCUCUCUGAGGACACGCGGGAGACCGACCUGCAGGAGCUGUUCCGGCCCUUCGGCUCCAUCUCCCGCAUCUACCUGGCCAAGGACAAAACCACCGGGCAGUCCAAGGGCUUUGCCUUCAUCAGUUUCCAUCGCCGUGAGGAUGCUGCCCGCGCCAUUGCGGGGGUCUCCGGCUUCGGCUACGACCACCUCAUCCUCAACGUGGAGUGGGCCAAACCCUCCACCAACUGAACGCUGCCCGAAGCGGUCGCUGCCUCUCAAUAAAGGUCUCAGAUGCAGAGCA